CCCACCUCCCCCUCCCCAAAAAUGCCCGGCCUCGCUUCAGAUCCCGACAACUCCAUCGUCCCCUUCGACCCCAAUCCACCCACUCCCAUCAUCUACCCGAUCCAAAUCAACCUCAAACCCCCAAUCUCUCGGAUCCACAUCAACUGGUCUCGCGGUAACCUCCUCCAUGUCGCCUGCCUCCGCCCCGCCGGAGACUCCGGCGAAGGACUCGCCGGAGGAAAGGUCGUCGAGGUGAAGCUCGGCGGCGCCGACGACGGCGAGAUCGGCGAAGCGGAGAGGCGGAGGAUCGCAUAUGGAUCUGUGCCGGCAUUUGCUUUGCUUCAGAGCCGGAGGAAUUCUCUGAUGGCGAUGGCGAGGAUGUCGGCAGCGUCUUUUCGGAAUGAGUGGUGGGAGCAUGUGUUGGAGUACAGCAAUCAAAUCUCUGACCUUCUUGGAAGACCCAAGCUUCCUUCUGGCUCGGUUAUUGAAGACCCCAGAAUGGUUUUGCAGUUGGUUGAGAAACCUACUAGCUUGAAGGCUGCAUGGCAGUUGUUGAAGAUAUUUUAUGUGGAUAGGCUAUCAUCAGCUUGGCUCCCAGAGCAUCUUGUCGAUUGGUUAGCAGAUUAUGAUGGCCUAUUGUCAAAGACAGAUACAACUAUCCACUCCAAGCUUGCAGGGCUGCAAAAGAAGCUGGUCGAUUUACAGGUAGUUGAGGAUGAUCCAGAAUAUUGGGAAGGAAUAUCACUAGCACUUGCAGUUGGUUGGCUUGAUAUUGCGGUUAAACUCUUGAGAUUACAUGGAUCCUAUCAACUAGAUCAAAUAGACAGUCGCGAGACAGAAAAUGGGUUGGUUGAGGCAGUUGCUGUACUAGUCUCAACAAUGCCACGCAUGCGUCCUGACUUGCCCACAGGAAAAUUAGGCCAAUCUUAUAAAACCAAGUCCGACUUUAUCAAGGCAUGGGAAAAAUGGCGUGGCCAUAUAGCUAAACUAGAUUUCAGUACAUUUUGGGUUCAGUGUGGCCACCAUCAGACGCGGGAAGGAUUGAAAAAUUUGUUACAAAUUAUGUUGGGGAACAUAAAAAAUAUUACUAAUGCAACUUAUCAUUGGAUGGAGUUAUGUAUCUCACACUUACUCUACAUGAGACCAUUUACUAUGAGUUUAGAAGGAAUGCACAGUUUGGCUCAAAAGUGUAUGCAGUUGAAGCCGAAUGCCAAUUCCAGUGGUCUUACAGAGGUCCUCCUUGGUAUUCUUGGAGAUAAUACCGAGGUUGUUUUAGCAGAAUGCUCUAGAACAUUUGGACCCUGGUUGGUCACACAUGCCACAGAGUUGUUAAGCACUGAGAAUGAUGAAGCUGAUAUUCUGCUGCAUGAAGAGAGAUAUAACUUAGGAGGUAUCAGUAUCGACGAACUGCAUCGUCUUGUGUACGCUCAAGUUUUGUCUUCUCAUCCUUUGACUUGGCAAAUUGCCCCUACGUAUUUAGCUUCCUGCCCAAAGCAAGGUUUAGGUUUGUUAGAGAAUUUACUCUACAGGCAGCCUGUGCAACAUUUCCAAAUGAUUCUCAAGAACCUAGAGAUUUGCCGUCUGUAUGAACUUGAUGACAUUAGUUCGAGGGUCAUGAAGAUUGCUGGCAUGUAUAACUGGAAGCAUGGCAAGAAAGGGUUUGGAGUUUACUGGCUUCAACAAGCUCAGGACGAAGUUAGACUUAAUAAAAUUGCUCAGCGAUUGUUUGAAUGCAUUGGAAAGUCAGUAUCUGAUGACAGUUUUAAGCAAUGGGAAGGUUUAAUUGAAUUGCUUGGUUCUGAAGUUGGCAGUGCAGGAGGUCUUGAGUUUCUGCACAAGUAUCGGGAUUUUAAGAGAUCUCUUCAGCAGGUACAAGAUGGAAGGGCCAAUGAUGUUGCUAGGCAGACCGUGGAAUCACUUAUACAACUUAUGAAAAGUCCCUCAACACCACAGAGAUUUUGGCUUCCACUUCUGCAUGAUUCUGUUAAAUUGCUAAAUUGGAAGGAUCGGCCUCUGUUGAGUGUGUCUGAAACAAAUUUGCUCAUGAAUAAACUGCAAGAGCUAUCCCUAGCAAAGCUUCGUCCAGAUUUUUGCGACACUGAGUUGCCACCUAAAGCCAUAGGCUCUGUUAGAUUGGCCCUGGCCACGAAUCUUGCCCGUGCUAUUCUCGAGGAACCCUGAAUCCAUAAUCCAUUAUCUUGGAGGAUUGUACAACUACAUAUCAAAAUACGCAGUAUGCAACGGCUAAAAAGCUGUCUUCUUCAAACCAUUAGUGCUUGGCCAAAGAAGCUUGAAGUAUUUUAUGGAAACUUCUGUUUGUAUGAGCCUUCUGUAACCAGCAAGUUUCAGAUGAUGGAGAGUAGGAUGUACCUUCAAAAGCAAACAAUUUGCUUAUUCAGUGAGAGCUUGUAAAUUUUGUUGUGUUGCGAGUAGUGUAGAAGAACUUAAAGAGAAUAUUUGUUUGCAUGAGCAAUUUUAUAUGAGAUGUGUAAUCUGUUUCAUAUCAAGAUUAUGUAUCCGCAUAUAAUUUACUUUAUUCUUCAGUUGAA